AUGACGACUCUCGAUGUGCGCAGGGUUUCUGAUUAGCCAAUGGCGAUGGACAGUGCUCGGCAAUAGCCCACGGCUCUGCCGUCUCCGAGCGGCAGCUGAUUGGUGCGUCCCGGCAGCAGUCGGGUUUACGCGCCUUAAUGUGUGUGAGUCCCGGCUGUUGGCGCGAAUGGCGGCCAAGCGGGGAGCUCUGAUCGUGCUGGAAGGAAUAGAUCGGGUGGGAAAGAGCACCCAGUGCAAGCGGCUGUACGAGGCCCUGCGGCAGCAAGGACAGACCGUUGAGCUAAUGCGCUUCCCGGAUAGAGGUACUGAAAUUGGGCGCCUGAUCAGCUUAUACCUGGAGAAGAAGUACAACCUGAAUGAUCAUGCUGUGCACUUGCUCUUUGCAGCUAACAGAUGGGAACAAGUGUCACUGAUUAGAAAAAAGUUACUGAAAGGGGUGUCUGUCAUUGUGGAUAGAUAUGCUUUUUCUGGAGUCGCAUUCACAAGUGCAAAAUCAGGUUUCACCCUGGAGUGGUGCAAACAGGCAGACGUUGGUAUUCCAAAACCAGACGUGGUCCUAUUCCUUCAUCUUGAACCCUUGACUGCCAUGAAGCGUGCAGGCUUUGGUACUGAACGCUAUGAAGAUCUUGCCUUUCAAGAGCAGGUGUAUCAGCGGUUUAAAGAGUUGAUGAAAGAUGACAGCCUGAACUGGAAGGUGUUGGAUGCUUCUCAAAGUAUUGAAGUCUUGCAUCAGGAGGUAAUAUCCAACGUGGAGAAAACUAUAGAGAAAGCUGUGGAGGAGCCAAUCGGAGAACUCUGGAAGUAAGAUCCUUUCUGCAGAGAUAAUGAGACAUUUGGCUCAUGGAGACUGUUAAUCUUUUCACCAUAUGAAGUAUUCAGCUCUAGUUUACGGGCAUCUCCCUGUGCAUUCUCCUGAAUGUUGCUAUGGAAAGAUUUGAUCCACAACUUGGCCACUUUGUUUCAUUGAAUAUGACAGUCCAGUACCUCUUUCUGAAAAUCACAGUGAUCCUUAAUAAUCACAAGUCUUUGGUUUUGAUUUCUCCCUUAUGCUCUCCUACCUAUGAACUGUUAAACAGCUCUCCUGCCCCAGGGAUAUAGAUUCAUUCUUUGUACACUUUUGAUCCCAGACAAUAAAUGCAGGUAGGAGAUGCAAGAGACAGCAGAUGCUGGAAAUCUGGACCAACAUACAAAGGGGCUGGAGGAACUCAGCGGGUCGGGCAACAUCUAUGGAGGGAAAUGGACAGUUGAUGUUUUGUGUUGGGACCCUUCAUCUGGAUUGGCAAAAAGGAGGGGAGAUAGUCCGUAUGAAAGGGUGGGGGGAAGGGGUGGAGCAAGAGCUGGCAGGUGAUGUGUGGAUCCAGGUGGGGGAGGGGGAGGAAUGGGAAUGAAGUGAGAAGCUGGGAGGUGAUAGUUGUAAGUAACAAAGAUCUGAAGAUGGUGGAAUCUGAUAGGAGAGGACAGUGGGCCAUGGAAUAAAGGGGAGGGGAACCAGAGGGAGGAAUGUGUAGGUGAUGGGCAGAUUGAGAGGAUGGGGGAGGGGAAAGAGAUGGGGCAAUGGUGGCCAAUGGGAAAAGGGGGGACAGAGGAGUGGUUACAGGGGGUUAGAGAAAUCGAUGCUCCUGUCAUUAGGUUGGAGACUACCAAGGCAGAAUGAGGUGCUGUUCUUCUAAUCUGUGUAGCAUCAACGUGGCAGUGGAGGAGGCUGUAGGCAGCUGUGUUGAUGUGGGAAUGGAAAGUGGAAUUAACAUGGCUGGCCACUGGGAUGUAGAGGAGGCUGCACAAGAUGCAAUAAAUGACACCGAUGGAUUCACAUUUGAAGAACUGCCUCACCUGGAAGGACUGUGUUACAUAUGCAUGGAGCAAGAACAACAACAGCGUGGUAGAAUAAACGUCUUAUUCACAUUAACCAAAAUAAAGAAACUGAGCAACUUACA